UCAAGGUGGAAGGUUCAAAUCCUCGAGAUGUUGAAGCUUGAAGAAGAACAUGAUUUUUGAUUCAUACGUUGAGCCGCCACCGGAGAUAAUUUACAGAGGCGAAAAAGCUCGACGAAGAAGAAAAUGGCGUUGCAGAGAUUCCCUCGCAGCAUUCUAGUGGAGAUCCUGUUGAAAUUGGACCCCGAAACCCUCUGCUCCGUCGCCUGCGUCAGUAAAGCCCUACGAUUCGCCGUCGUUGAUGCCAUUUCCUUUCUCUCCACUCUCCAUCUUCCAAUCGCUUUCUUUCCAGAUUCUCGUACUCUGAAGACUGGCAUUCUAGGUCGGUGUCGAGGCAUGAGAAGCCUGACUGUUAAUUGCCUUCGCCUUGAUGAUUCUUCUCUCGUGGAUUUUCUUGGCCCUAAUUUACUCGAGCUGAAUUUGCUUUGCUGCUCUUCACUCUCUAGUAAAUUCCUUGCUGAAGUAGGCAAACUUUGUCCCAAUCUGAGGGUUCUUGUGCUUGCAUUGGCAGCUCAAGAUGAUUACGAAGAAUUCAACAGAAACUUGGCUGAAAUGCUCACAAGAUGCUUGCUCUUGGAUUCGAUAUCCUUAAAGAUUCGAGGAGCAGGAAAUGUUGAGGCUAAUUCCUUUAGUGCUGUUGAAGCAUUUCUUCCCAAAACCACCAAAACACUGAAGUUGAAGUCACUGCUUCAUGAUGUUGCAAUUUGCAUCAUAAACAAACUUAGAGAUUCUGGGAACUCCUUAAUCAACCCCUGUUCCAGAAACUUUGAAUCUCCUCCUUUAUCUACUGGGUUAAUGUUGCAGUGCUUGUCACUUACCUUGGAUGUUAUUUCUGAUGAGUUGAUUAUGACCAUUGUUGACUCUCUUCCUUUUUUGGUAGAGCUUCACUUGGAAGACAUGGCGAGCCCCGAACAAUUGGUGCGCCGUGACUUGACCAAUAGGGGACUUCAUUCGUUGAGCACUUGUCAUAAUCUGAAAUCACUGUCUCUAAUGCGUGGUAGAUAUAAUCACCAAGUCUCUUUCAAAAAGUUGAAUGAUAUGGGUAUGUUUCUGUUGUCUGAGGGUUGCAAAGGUCUCGAGUCGGUGAGAUUCUGUGGAUUCUCUAAAGUCAGCGAUGCUGGAUUUGCGUCGAUCUUUCACUCGUGCAAUAGGCUGAAAAAAUUCGAGAUUCGUAAUGCAUUAUAUUUGUCAGACCUGGCAUUUGACGGGUUAGAUGCCAUUGGUUGCUUUGUGACAGAGUUGAGAUUGUUUUCCUGUAGUCUCAUAACUUGUGAAUCUGUGAAGCAUUUGGCCUACUCUACACGCUUGGAAGUCCUUGAUCUAUGUGGCUGCAAGAGCAUAUCAGAUUCUUGCCUUGAUUCCAUUUCCACUUUGUGCCAUUUAUCAUCAUUGAUUCUAACUGCAACUGAUGUAACCGACUUCGGUUUAUCUGUUCUUGGUCAGGGAAGGCCACCCAUCGUACGAUUGUCUCUUCGAAGUUGUAAGAGAGUAACCGACGAAGGAAUCUAUCGAUUGUUUCAUGGUGGCGGGACAGUGAGCAAGACGUUGUCUGUCUUGGAUAUUGGACACAUUUCAGGCAUAACUGAUAGAGCAAUCCAAAUAAUUGCAUCUGUUGGUGUCGGUAUUACCGAGUUGUGCAUCAGAUCUUGCUUCCAUGUGACCGAUUCUUCGGUGGAAGCUUUGGCAAUGAAGAAACAAUUCGAAGGUGAAGGUAAGUCGAUUCACAGGCUUGAUCUUUUUAAUUGCAUUGCUCUAUCAAUUGAUGCUUGUAGGUCAUUUAGGGAGCCUCUGUUUUCUGGGUUACGAUGGCUAGGAAUAGGCAAUACUCGUUUGAGUAGUGAUGGAAAUGUUGGUUUAGUUAAGUUUUGUUCCAAACGACCUUGGUUGGCAUUGUGUUUGGAAGGGUGUGAAGUUGGAUGCCAUGAUGGAUGGCAAUUCCAUAGAUCAAAAUGAUUAUGUUGGAUGGAUGGAAAUAUAGAAUUACGUUGGAAUGAUAUUUGAAUUAUAUAUAUAUA